UACAUCAUUAUCGCUCCUCAAGUUCGAUAGAAUGUGCGGCAGACGUGUGUAGCCUUUCGUGAAUUUGGCGCACUUAUCUUAUCGCGCGCGCUCGCAAGUCGCUCGCUUAUUAUUACAUCAGCACAUCGAUAUACGUUUGUCUAAAACGCGAGCCUCCGCGCUGUUUAUGCGCGAAAUUAUAAUUGUAAUCCGUUCGUUCAACGAGCUGGUUGAUCGCGUGUCUCGAGAGUGCGCGUUAGCCAAAAAAAAAAAAAAAAAAUACUUUUUUAAAAUACAGCAACAACUAUGAACGGCGAAAAACGCUACGAGAUCGUUUUGCGCGACCUCGAGAGUCUGCUACGGAAACGUCUCGGGCCGGAGACUCGACUGCUGAAUUACGAGACGUCGCCGUUCACCAAGGAGGGCGACAAUUACGGCAGCACCAUGCUGAGGGCGCAGGCGACCAUCGAGAAAAGCGCCGACGACGAGGGGCCGACCGAGCUGAAUCUCGUGGCCAAGAUGAUGCCGCCCACGGACAUCCAGCGGAAAAUAUUCCAGAGCCUGUUCACGUUCAAGAAGGAGAUAUUCGUGUACGACGAGCUGCUGCCCAAGUACGAGGAGGUGCUGGGCGAGCGACUGGACAUCGUGCCGGCCGUGUUCGGCUCGAGGCUGUCGCUGAAGCCGGACAGCGACGAGGUCGACGACGACGCCGUGAUUCUCAUGGAAAACAUGAAGCUCAAGGGAUACUACAUGGCCGACAGGCAUCGAGGUCUGGAUUUGGAGCACAUGCGAGCCGCGAUCACGAGUCUGGCCAAAUUCCACGCGAUCGGUAUCUCGAUCAAGCACAAAGCGCCCGAGUUCUUGCCGAGAAUCGAACGGUUCAGCAAAACGAUGCUGACCGGAUUGGACGAGAUCAGGCACGUGAUCGACAUGCAGCUCACGGCGAUCAAGAACGAUCCCGAAAUCGGUGAAUUUUACGAGAAAAUCAAGGCCACCUGCGACCCGGACGAGCUCUCGACGUAUUACACGGAGCUGGCGGUCGACCAUCCGUGGGCCUGCGUCGUUCACGCCGAUUUCUGGCUCAACAACGCCCUGAUGCACAAGAACGCCGAGGGCCGCGUGGACGACUGCAAACUCGUCGACUUUCAGACGUACUACACGUCGAGCCCGCUGACGGAUCUCGUCUUUCUGCUGUGCACGAGUUUGCGGGUGCCGCACGAGGGCUUCGACGAGCUCUUGGAGACCUACAGAGGCGAGGCCGCGCGGGUACUGACCAAACUCGACUGCCCGCAGGCGCUCGAGCUGUUCGCCCGGGAGAAAUUCGACGAGAGGCUGAGACUCGACGCCGGCGCCGAGCUGCUCCACUUGAUCGAGAUGUCGAAGAUCGUGGAGCAGCGCGAGGGCGAGGUCUACGAGGAGUCGCCGCCGAACGAGCACACCAUGAGGAGGUUGAGAAGCAUAUUCGACGUUUACAAGAGAAAGCAGUGGAUCUAGGCGUACGAGGCGAAACGAUGAUGUACUUUUUUUUAUGGACGAUAAAUUGUUGUUGUUUUAAUUUUCUAUGUAUAAUUGAUGUUGCGCGGGAAGAAGAAAAAAUUUAAUAAAUAUAACGUGAUCUU